AUGGCAAAUGAACAACGGACCGUGCGCCCACAAUGCACCGGGGUAGCAGUAACCGCUGGAGGGGGAAAGGGGGACCGGGAAAGGGGCUGGGCCGCGCCUCCGGCCUGGGGGCGGGGGUGCGGCUGGGGGGGAAGGAAGUCGGCCGAGGGGCGGGGGACAAAAGGCCGAGCUGCUGGCUGGGGGUCUCGGGGAGGGGGCGGGCGUGUGCGGCCGGGGCCGGGCUACGCGGAGGACAAACAGCUGGCGAGUGUCAGGGUCUGGCCGCCUCCCCGCUCCCCGCACGCACCUACCCGCGCCCGGGACGCACAUUUUCCUUCUCUCGCCACGAGUUCACCUGGGACUUUGGAAAUAACUGUGCGGUGGGGGCUGCUGCGCUCCAGCCUUGUCAUUUCCUAGGGGUGGGUGGCGGUGCCCAAGGAAGUGAACUUAUUUUGUUCCUUCACAAAGACUGGACCAGGCGGUGCCUUUCACACAAGGAGGUUACAACCACCGACACCUCCUCGUCUGCAGCAUUGUGUGUGUGAGGCAGCACCUCAGGCCCAAGGCAAUAAUCAUUUCACAGAAAAUGCACCGCCCCGAGUGUCUUAUUGCUGUGAUGAAAUGGAAAUUUAAAUAAAAGGUCGAACACGUGCGUUCACUGGGAAGUAUUGACAUGGGUGUUACAUCACCACCAG